AUGUUGUUACGAACUAUAAGACAGAUUCAUUUGGAACUAUGGAGAGUGUCGAAAAGUUUUAGUAAUAUGUACGGUAUACAGAUAUCCUUAGAAAUUGCAAUGUGUGUUUUACUUAACACAUAUUCGCUAUAUACUCUUUAUGUGAAGUUUAAGGAAGAGAUAUGUGACAUUCACGAAUUGAUUUUAGCAUCCAUUAGAACACUUUUGUUGUGUUUACAAUAUUCGACUAAAAUUUUUAUCGUUAAUUAUGUUUGUGAUAAAACAACGAAAGAGGCUGAGCGAACGAACGAAAUUAUUCACACAUUUUAUGGACAAAAUACGGAUUUCGAGAUACAAAAGGAGGUGGAAAUAUUUUCUUUGCAAAUGAUGCGGCGUCGUAAUGCUUAUUCCGCAUUUGGUUUAUAUAAUCUUAAUUGUAAACAUAUUUGUUCGUGUAUCAGCAUCAUAACGACGUACAUGGUUAUCAUGAUACAAGUAACCGAUUCAAUAAAAGGAGGAUCAUAA